ACCUGCUGCCUGUUAACUUGUGAGCCAUUGGACGCUGGGGCAGGACAUUUGACGUAGUCAGCUGAAAAAAGAAAAAAGGAAACAUUUGUUGCGUUCAGUGGUCGCAGGAUCUGAUCGGCGCGGAUGACAAAAGGAGCGUCGCCGUGCAAACUUUCUCCACCGGGGUGUUGAUCGCUCGUACAAACCCAACCGGGAAUUCAUCUUUUUUUUUUUUUUUUUUUUUCUUUUUUUUUUUUUUUUUUUUUUUAAUAUAUUUAAUUCUGUUUAACGGAGGCGUAAAGAAGAGGACACAUCAUGCCACGGCGCACAUUGCAAGAAGUCAUAGUGCAAGACGUCCAGAAACGGAGAAAUCCCAACAAACACUACGUUUACAUCAUCAAAGUGUCCUGGAGCGAUGGCAGUACAGAAAUCAUUUUCAGACGCUACAGCAAGUUCUUUGACCUCCAGAUGGAAUUGCUGGACAAAUUCCCAGUGGAAGGAGGCCAGAAAGACCCUAAGCGCAGGAUCAUUCCUUUCCUACCAGGGAAGAUCCUGUUUAGGAGGAGCCAUAUCAGAGAUGUGGCCAUGAAAAGGCUAAGGCCCAUCAACGAGUACUGCAUGGCCCUCAUUCAGCUGCCAGUCUACAUCUCCCAGUGCGAGGAAGUCAGAGUGUUUUUUGAGACCAGACCUGAGGACAUCAACCCACCCAAGGAGGAACCCAUUGGAAAGAAGAAAUCAGGGGUUGUGGAGAAAGCGACUUCUUUCCUAAAGCGAGGAGACUCCACCUCUGCAGACCCUCUCCUCCUCGACCAGUAUGUCGCAGUAACAGACUAUGAGAAGCAGGAGAGCUCCGAGGUCAGCCUUCAUGUGGGUCAGGUGGUGGAGGUCAUUGAGAAAAAUGAAUCUGGGUGGUGGUUUGUUAGCUCAGAUGAUGCCCAGGGCUGGGUCCCUGCCACCUGCCUUGAGGCUCAGGAUGACCCUGAUGACUUCUCUAUUCCAGGGGAAGAAGAAGAGAAAUAUUCAGUCAUUUACCCAUACUCGGCCAGGGAUCAGGAUGAGAUCGACCUUGAGCGAGGCAUGAUUGUAGAGGUGAUUCAGAGGAACCUGGAGGGCUGGUGGAAGAUCAGGUACCAGGGUCUUGAGGGCUGGGCUCCGGCCUCCUACCUGAAGAAGACUGACAUCCAGGGCCAGAAGCAGUCAGCAGGCGGUGCUGCUCAUGCCAGUACCAAUGAUCUUGAUGGGUUCUCUAAACAGAACCAGCAAAACAAUGCAGCUAAAGAAAAUCGAGACAACAGCCAAAAAGAGAACAGGCUCUCAUUUUUUUCUGACAAUAAAAUGAAAGUGGGAGCAAGACACAGACCUCCUCCACGCAGAGAUCUUACCAUUCCACGUGGUACAAAUCUACCCAAGCCGCCGAUUCCUCCUCAGGUUGAGGAGGAGUUCUAUACCAUAUCAGACUUCCAGACCACCAUCCCCGAUGGUAUCAGCUUCCAAGCCGGAGUCAAAGUUGAGGUGAUUGAGAAGAAUAACGGUGGUUGGUGGUACAUCCAAAUAGAUGACAAAGAGGGAUGGGCCCCUGCCACCUUUAUUGACAAGUACAAGAAGACCAGUAACGCCCUGCGACCUAAUUUCCUUGCCCCUCUGCCGAAUGAGAUGGAGAAGCUGAGACUGGAAGAUGGUGGAACUUCAAAUGUUUCAGGGACGGAUGAUAGCUGGUCCAAACCUUUACCAGAUGAGCCAAACGCAGCCCUUGACUCCUGUGCCCGGCCUAAGCUGAGAGAUUGGAAGUCCAGUGCCAACAAGGGGGUCCCUGCUAUCCCUGGGCCUCUACCUCCGGCUCCAGCAGCCCCUCCAGCCGAGGAGAAACCAGCUCUUCCACCUCGGAGGGAGUCCAUUAAUAAGAGCUUUGAAUUGGAGGUACCUGAGAAACCGAGGGUUGAUCAUUCCAAACCUUUGCCUCCCAAACCCCUAGCUCCUGGGGUCAUCAUGCCGCUGGUCACACCCAAAGCAGCCCCCUUCAAACAGGACAAACCACCAGAGAUCAAGAAAGAAGAUAAGAGCAAAGUUCUUCACCUUCGGAAUGAGAUGGGUCUAGAAUGUGGCCACAAGAUCUCUGCCAAAGAGGUGAAGAAGUUUAAUCUGAAACCCGUACCUAAGCAUCCUCCAAAACCUAAAUCAGAAGCGCAGGAGGAGAAACCAGAGGCAGCUGGCCCAGCAGUGUUCAUGAAGCCAAAGCCAGUGCUUCGACCUAAACCUGUUCCAGCUGCCAAGCCAGAUCCUCCGACACCCAACAAAUUAGACAUCACCAACUUGAGAAGCAAGCUGAGGCCGCCAAAACCUGCCGAUCCAAGCUCUGUGUCAGCUGAGGUGAACCAUCAGAAUGAAACCCCAGCAGCAGUAAAUAGUUCCCACCCCAGUGCACCCCCCAGCUCUCCCCCAUCCAUAUCCCUACUCUCAACAAUGGUAAGCACUGCGACGGACCGAAACUCCCCCCAAAACACGUUAAUGGUCAUAGCCAGGAGGACUCACCCCCUGCUAAGCCAGCAGUGCCUCCCCACAAAGAACCCCCACAGAGACCCCCCACCAUGGCCCCAAGGAGACCUCCUCCUCCAAAGAAGACCGACCCAUCCAGCCCGACAGAUUUAAAACCUCCGCCUGCUCUAAAAGAUAUCCUGGACAUUUCCAAGGGCCCACCAACCCAACUCAGCAGACCCCUCCUCCUAAACCCAAAGGGUUUGUUCAAGCACCUGCAAACAAAGAGAAAGAAGAGCCCAAAAUGAAUAAAAUCCCAG